UUUGGCUCCACCUGUCAGCUUUUCCAGUUUCUCAAUUGUUAAUUGUAGAGAGCUGUUGCGUAGUGCAGUUCAUUAAACACAUGCGCUGUUAAUUGCCGUUUUUGUAUAAUAUUUUAAAAUCAUAAGCCAUCGGGCGGGGCAGAGCGCGGUGUGUCUGUCGCGUGUGUCUAUUUAGAGAUUAGAUAGAAGUUAAAUGAUUACAUGGUUAUAAAACCUAUAAUAGAAAUAUGCUUGUCAUCAACACAAUCAAAAAUUCAGCGCGCAUUACGCUGCGUAAUAAUUGGCUUCGAAAUAGUUUAGCAAACUUCAAUGCUGCACCAACAAAUUUCACGCGCACUUUCUCGCUGGGCCUGGCGCUGAGGCAACAACAACCAGAUCUUGUAAGCGUGAUCUUUGUGAGGGCAAAUGGCGAGCGAAUCAAGGCAUCUGGAAAAGUGGGCGAUUCCCUGCUCGAUGUUGUGGUGAACAACAAUGUUGACCUUGACGGGUUUGGCGCCUGCGAGGGCACGCUGACCUGCUCCACCUGCCAUCUGAUCUUCAAAACGGCCGACUACGAGCGGCUGCCCGACAAGCCCGGCGACGAGGAGCUGGAUAUGCUGGAUCUGGCCUACGAUCUGACGGAUACCUCCCGCUUAGGUUGCCAAAUCACGCUGAGCAAGGACUUGGACGGACUGGAGGUGCAUGUGCCCGCCUCCAUAAACGAUGCACGCGCUGCAUAAAAGAUGCACUUGCUCCAAAAAAGAAAGAAAGAAAACCGUUGUUACCUUGUCUAAAUUGAGUGCUAAUAAUUCCUUAGAGUCAACGCGUAUGCAUAGUCGAUUAUUAUCCAAUGAAAUCUUUUGUAUUGCAUGUCCCCGAAAAGCGGGACACUCAACGAGCUCAUGCUAUAUAUAUACACACACAUCUGUUAUAGAUUCAGACAUAAAUCAAUUUCAAUUGUACGCAAGUUGUUUUUUGUGCAGUGCAUAAGCAAAGGGUUUUAAGAUAAAUGUAAAUAUUGAUGUUUUCGUAAAUAAAUAGGCAGCGUACAGUUUUAUUUUUCAUAAAAUAUACAAUUUGAAAAUGUCGUCAUUUGAA